GACAAUCACCAUUCUAAACUGCAGACUGUGUCACUAGUCCAAAACUUUCUUCCCUUAAUUUUUUUUUUCGUCGUAUCCGAACCGGUCGAACCGAGCCGAAACUAUGGGAGUGCCUGCAUUUUACCGGUGGCUCGCGGACCGGUACCCGCUCACGAUCGCCGAUGUAGUGGAGGAAGAGCCCACCGUCGGUGACGACGGCGUUCCGUUGCCUAUUGAUGUGUCUAAACCUAAUCCCAAUGGCAUGGAGUUCGACAACUUGUACUUGGACAUGAACGGUAUGGUUCACCCUUGUUUUCACCCGGAUGGCAAGCCAGCACCUGCUACCUAUGAUGAUGUAUUCAAAUCAAUAUUUGAUUACAUUGACCAUAUCUUUUCGUUGGUUCGUCCAAGGAAGCUUGUCUACCUUGCACUUGAUGGUGUUGCGCCAAGGGCCAAAAUGAAUCAGCAACGUUCUCGGCGCUUCCGAGCUGCAAAAGAUGCAGCUGAGGCUGAAGCUGAAGAGGAAAGGUUGAGGAAAGAAUUUGAGUGUGAGGGAAAACUUUUGUCUUCUAAAGACAAGCCUGAGACUUCAGACUCAAAUGUCAUUACCCCUGGCACUCAAUUUAUGACAGCACUGUCAGUGGCUCUUCAAUAUUAUAUACAGACAAGAUUGAACAACCAUCCUGGCUGGCAGAAACUAAAGGUUAUACUUUCUGAUUCAAAUGUGCACGGUGAGGGAGAACAUAAAAUAAUGGAAUACAUCCGAUUACAACGCAACGUUCCUGGUUUCAAUCCAAAUACUCAACAUUGUUUGUAUGGGUUGGAUGCUGAUUUGAUUAUGCUUUCCUUAGCUACACAUGAGGUUCACUUCUCAAUAUUGAGGGAGGUUAUUACUUUACCUGGACAACAGGAUAAGUGUUUUUUGUGUGGCCAAGUUGGCCAUUUUGCGGCUGAUUGUCAUGGUAAGCCAGGCACUAAAGCUGAGGACUGCAAUCCUGCUGAUGAUAACCCAAUUCACAAAAAGAAAUAUCAGUUUCUUAAUAUCUGGGUGCUGCGUGAAUAUUUGCAAUAUGAAUUGGAGAUUCCCAACCCUCCUUUUGAGAUUGACUUUGAACGAGUAGUGGAUGAUUUUGUAUUUCUGUGCUUCUUUGUUGGCAAUGACUUUCUUCCGCAUAUGCCAACAUUAGAGAUCAGGGAGGGGGCUAUAAAUUUAUUGAUGCAUAUGUAUAGAAAGGAAUUUACUGCCAUGGGUGGUUAUCUUACUGAUGUGGGUGAGGUUUUCUUAGAUAGAGUGGAACAUUUCAUCCAGUCUGUCGCUGUUCAUGAAGAUCAAAUCUUUCAGAAACGAGUUCGGAUUCAGCAGGCUGCAGAAUAUAAUGAAGAGAUGAAAGCUAGGGCAAGAGGAGAAAUGCCUGAAGAGCCACGAGCCUCAUUUGUGGAUAAGGUUAAGCUAGGGGAGCCUGGAUUCAAGGAAAGGUAUUAUGUUGAAAAGUUUGGUGUAUCAAAUCUGGAGGAGAUUGAUAAAAUUAAGAAAGAUACAGUCUUGAAAUAUGUAGAAGGCCUUUGUUGGGUUUGCCGGUAUUAUUAUAAGGGUGUCUGCUCAUGGAAAUGGUAUUACCCAUAUCAUUAUGCUCCAUUUGCUUCUGAUUUUAAAAAUCUACGUGAUCUCGAAAUAACUUUUUUCCCGGGAGAGCCAUUUAAACCAUUUGAUCAACUCAUGGGGACCCUACCUGCUUCAAGUUCAAGUGCACUGCCUAAAAAUUAUAGGGAUUUGAUGAAUGAUCCUUCAUCACCUAUUUUUCACUUCUACCCUGCUGAUUUUGAGAUUGAUAUGAAUGGCAAACGAUUUGCAUGGCAGGGUGUUGCCAAGUUGCCAUUUAUUGAUGAGAAGAAAUUGCUUGCUGCCACAAGGAAGAUUGAAGACACAUUAACGGAGGAAGAACAGCUUCGGAACAGUGUGAUGCUUGAUUUGCUUUAUGUCAACCGUGUGCAUGAUUUGGCUUCGCAUAUCUUAUUGUAUUACAAAGUUUGUAGUCAAUCACCCCCACAUGAAAGAUGUGUUUGGCCAAUUGACAAAAAUGCUAGUGGUGGGAUGAAUGGAUAUCUUUGGUUAUGUGAAGGAAAUGUUCUCAGCACUGUUGUAUCUUCCCCCAUCAAUGGAUGGCAAGAUAUUGAGUGUAACCAAGUCUUAAAUAUUACAUAUCUUAAUCCUCUUAGACAUGGACAUAUUGCAAAACCUCCUGACGGUGUCGUAGUACCCAAGAAGGUUUUAAAAGCCAUUGAUAUUAAACCUUAUCCUUUACUAUGGCAUGAAGACAAUGUUGGUCGGCGACUGCAAGGCAGAGAAAGGCCACAACUACCUGCAGCAAUAGCUGGAAUUCAGCUAGGAGAAGCAGCUCACCGUCUUGUCAAGAACACCCUUAACAUUAAAUUGAAUAAUACAACCCAUUUGUUGGAGCAACCUCCAGUCCGUCAUACAAUGAACGGGCUCUCAGCUGGACCCUCUGGAUAUGGAAAAUAUUAUGGUGAGAUUACAAACGGUUAUAAUGGACAGUAUAAUCCCCAUGGCAUAAUGACUGGACCUAGAUAUCCAAUCUCAUCUAACGGUGGAAAGGAUGACAGGCAGAAUUUUAGGAUACGAGAUAGGUCACAGCAUCAAGAACAGUUCCACAACGUGAAGACAGGGUUCUCUGCUUUAACAAUGGAGGAAGGAGUAAGACCUGGGUCUUCGAGGUUGCCAAAUUCCAGACAUACAACCAAUUUACAACCCCAAUUUGUGCAGAACAUGGGUCCUCCAAUACCACCAAAGUGGAUCACUAAAGCGCCACCUAUGAAUGGAAUGUAUACUGGGCAGCAGGAAGCUACGUUGGGGGCAGCAGCUUAUCAUAAGCAUACGAAGAAGGUUUACCAAGUUUACCAAGUAAAAACAGGUCAGCCCCAAGAUACACCAGAAUAUGGGAAUCAAUAAUGGUUGUUGUGGAUUUUAUUUGCCUUGUGUUUGAGGUGCCUUUGCUUCUCUCUGCCGGUUGCUCAAAUUGGAGCUGUGCUCUCUAUGGUCAUCCUUGUUCAAUAAUUUAUUAUAGGGGCGCAUUAAUUAGAUUGCCAUUUGAUAUCCAAUGCAAUUGGAAGAGCAAUGCUGUUCAAAGUUUUCUAUGAUACUAAUGUGCAGUGAAUGUGCUGCUCUGCUCUGCCCUGCCUUGAAUAGACACGGAAAGGUGCAAGAGUGCUAUAAGAUAUUUACAAUUUUUCUUGCAUUUCAAGUUUUAAACAAAUACUCAUGGAAAUGGUAUAGGCCAUGGAGAAUAUCAGCUUGCGUGGUGUUAAAAACAAUUUGCAGUCUAGGUAUCAGCAUAGGUGGUGUUUAGUUCCAUGGCAUGGAACUAGGUUAUUGUGUUGUGUAUGUAAAAUCCUGUAGGGCUUAGCAGCUUUGCUUAACCAGUUAAUCUGUAUAUACCUGAUGUGCAUAGAAUGUUGAAUAUUUGUCUGGGAUUGUUAUUCCCAGCAUCUGUAUGUUGCAUAGGAUAUGAAAGUUAUUAUGUGGAGUCGGCUGCUCGUGACUAGUGAAACAAUUAUUAGGUUGAUGAACAAGAAAGGGACUUGGGGAGGGUGAGUUGACUUUAAAGCAUAUUUUCCAGGUUGGUAACAGAUUCUUGUAACUGCUAACGGUUUCCUAUAUAAGCAUCUAAUUAUUAGGAAC